AAGGCAAUAGCAGAAGAGAUUAGCGUGGAAGGAAAUGAACUCCAGCAUGCAAAACUGUUCCUGAUGCAAACAGCUGGGGUUUCCAACAAGAGGAAGAGGAGGGGCAGUGAGUGGCCAAAGCAGCUUAAAAACCUGGGACUCAAUUACUCACUUCGUUAUUCUCCCUGCAGAGUAGAGAUGGGCUCCUAUAUUUUCCUCUUGGUCUUCUGCUUGCAUUUAAGUUUUGCAAAGUCUCCAGAACCGCAAUAUGCCUUGAUUGUACCAGCCGUCCUACAUUCUGACACACCCAACCAAGCCUGUGUGCAGCUUCACAACCUCAAUGAGUCUGUUUCCCUGGAUAUUACACUGGAGUACAACAUGGACCACUAUGACCUCUGGGAAGGGUCUGUGGAUGAGAAUGACUUUUCACAGUGUGUUAACUUUACGGUGCCUCCCGCAGCUUCUGAGCCACUGGCCUUUGUGGUUCUUUCUGUCAAAGGCGCCUCACUCCACUUCCAUGAAAGGAGUUCUGUGGCUCUCCGGAACAGAAGCACAGCAGUCUUUAUCCAGACAGAUAAGCCCAUCUACAAACCUGGACAGAAAAUAAUGUUUCGAGUUAUUACUCUGGAUGAAGAUUAUAAACCAGUUAACAGAACGUAUCCGAUGAUCUACAUUACGGAUCCCCAAGGGAAUAGGAUUACUCAGUGGGAGAAUCAAGCAUCUUCCAACGGCUUCUUACAACUGGAAUUGCAACUUGAUGCUUAUCCAAAUCUAGGAAACUACGGAAUCAGUGUUGACGACGGAACAAGCCACGUCAACCAUUGGUUCGAUGUAGAUGAAUACGUGUUGCCAAAGUUUAGUGUGAAAACUAAUUUACCAAGGCGGGUCUCUCCUUUCGAUGAAGAGUUCAGUGUCAAAGUUUGUGCUAAAUAUACCUAUGGCCAACCUGUCCAAGGGACAGUCCAGCUCCGCGUGUGCAGACAGCAUUAUUACCAUCCACGAUGUGAACAGGAUUCUGAUGGGAUUUGCGAGGCUCUUAACGCAGAGCUGGGCAAAGAUGGAUGCAUCUCGGAGAUGAUCAGCACCAAGGCCUUCCGCCUUUACGCAACUCUGGGCAGAGAUCGUUAUUUCUAUGUGAUGCUUCAAAUAAACGCUGUUGUGACAGAAAAUGGAACAGGUAUCCAGAAAUCAAUCAAUAACUACGUCUCAGUCUACCAAUCGAAAAAGACCAUAACUUGGGAGCAGACAGAUCCAUCCUAUAAAAGAGGAAUUCCAUAUACUGGAAAGAUACGGCUGGGGGAUGAGGAUGACGUCCCCAUUGCAAAUGGGCUUGUCUUUCUGGAACUGGACGGGGAGGUUGUGGCUAACUACACCACAGACGCAAAUGGCAUGGCGCAGUUUUCCAUCAAAACCUCCAGUCUCUCCAUGCCUCGCUAUAAACUGAGGGCUUUCCCUCAGCUGGAUCAAUGCACUGAUUCUAGCUGGCUCGAAAGGGAGGAACCCGAAGCCAUUCUCUACAUCCAUCGCUUCUUCUCCCGAACUGACAGCUUCUUGAAGGCAGAGCCAGUGCUGGAAGAACUGCAGUGCGGCCAGCAAAGCCUGGUGACCGUACACUAUAUCCUCAAGAAAGACCGCCAAGAGGAACAGACCGCAACGAGUCUUGACUUCUUUUACAUUCUGAUGACUGAAGGCAAAGUGGUGGCAAGUGGUAAACAACAAGUCCACGUCACAUUUGGACAACCUGGCACCUUCUCGGUCUCACUGGAUGUUGAUUAUAGGUUGGCUCCAAGAGCAAAGAUGCUGGUUUAUAUCUUGCAUGAUGGUGAGCUUGUGGCUGAUAGCACCUUAUUGAGAGUUGAAAACUGCUUCAGAAACAAGGUCAGUCUGAAGUUCUCUGAAAAACAAGCCCUACCAGCCGCCAGUGUCAACCUUGACAUCAAAGCUGCCUCCAAUUCCUUCUGUGCCUUGCAGGCUGUGGAUAAGAGCGUCCUGCUUUUGAGGCGUGGAGCAGACCUGUCUCCCGAGAUAGUGUACAACCGGUUUUCACAUAUGCAUUCUUACGGUUAUUAUUACGGUGGCCUAAACCUGGAAGAUGACCCUAAAGAGGCAUGCAUUCCGUUGACAGAGACUUUUUUUAAUGGCUUGUACUAUUUGCCUGUGAAUGUUACCAAUGACAGGAAUGUCUAUGACAUUAUCAAGGAUUUGGGACUCAAGGUUUUCACCAGCUCUCCACUGCGGAAGCCUGUUGUGUGCCAAAGUGAUCUUGAGUGCAAGAAAAUUUCCUCAGGUUAUGGUGAACGUGGUAUUGCUCUAAGUGAGAGUAUGCGUUAUAGUAGUUCUCCUAGUGGUGGCUUCAUUGAGACCACGAGGCACUUCUUUCCUGAAACAUGGCUGUGGAAUAUAGUUCCUGUCAAUUCUAGUGGCCAGGCCAGCCUCUCGUAUACCGUCCCAGACACCAUCACAGAAUGGGAAGCCAGCAUGUUCUGUGUGGAAGACCACACUGGGUUUGGCAUCUCCAGGGCUACACACCUGACAACUUUCCAGCCAUUCUUUGUUGAACUGACCUUACCCUAUUCCCUUAUUCGAGGGGAAUCUUUCAUUCUUAAAGCCAACGCCUUCAAUUACUUGAACCAGAGCAUUGAGGUGAGGGCUAUGUUGGGAGAAUCCCAGGAUUACAAAGCAGAAAACCUAUCUCCAGAAAACACUUUCAAGAGGAUAGAUGCAAAUGAAAGAAAGACCUAUACCUGGAAAAUUCACCCUCAAAAACUGGGUACAGUGAAUUUCACGGUUACUGCUGAAGCCAAACAAGGUGAGCUGAGUCAGGGACGACGGGACACAGUAAUCCGACCUCUUUUGGUUGAGCCUGAAGGUGUCAAAAAGGAGAUGAGCCAGAGUGCCUUGGUCUGUGUAAAAGGUACCUCAGCCAGUGAAUCAAUAUCCUUGAAGCUACCUCAAAAUGUUGUGGAGGGAUCUGAGCGUGCCAGUUUUGCUGUUGUUGGUGAUAUUAUGGGCACAGCCAUGAGAAACACAGAAAGCCUUCUCCAGAUGCCUUCCGGUUGUGGGGAGCAAAAUAUCGCUAUGUUCCUGGCCAACCUCAUUAUAUUAAACUAUCUGAAUGUCACAAAGCAGCUGACAGAAGAAAAAAGAUCCCUGUUUAUUGCACGUCUGACCACUGGAUACCAGCGGCAUCUGACAUACAGACUCCCAGAUGGAUCCUUCAGUACUUUUGGGAAGCGGGACGGAGAAGGAAACCUGUGGCUCACCGUUCUCACCUACAAAGCCUUGGCAAGGAGCAAGGACUACAUAUUUGUCGAUAACAACAUCCUGAACCAAGCUCUGAUCUGGAUUGCAAGCAAACAGAAGCCAGAUGGCUGCUUCCAACAGCCUGGGAAGAUCUUCAAUAACGCUGUGAAGGAAGGAGUAAAUGAUACCCUUAUACAGACUGCCAGCGUUGCUGCAUCGCUGCUGGAAGCUGGACGUCCUACCUCGUUUCCUGUGGUACAGCAAUGUCUCUCUUGCUUGGAUGUGGCUGCUGCAAAGGGUGUCGAGGUCACCUAUGAAAAGGCUCUCUUGGCCUAUGCUUAUAGCAAGGCUGGUGAUGAAGAAAAACAGAGAAAGCUCUUGGAGGACUUGAAAACUUCUGCUACUAGAACUGGAGGCUUGCUUUACUUGGAAAGAGAAAGGCGGCCUGCAGCAGAAGCCUUCCUCUCCUUCCAUCCUCGUGCCCCAUCGGCUGAUAUUGAAAUGAACAGCUACGUGUUGCUAGCGUUGGUCAACCAGCACAGCCUGUCUCAGGAACACCUGGCCUUUGCUGCGCAGGUUGCGCAGUGGAUUGUCAAGCAGCAGAAUCCCUACGGAGGCUUCGCUUCUACUCAGGAUACUCACAUCGCACUCCAAGCGUUAUCCCAAUAUGGGGCCCUCACCUUCAUAAAAGAUGCCCGGAAUACAGUAAAGAUCACUGAUGGGGGACCGUUCCAGGAAUUUUUCCAGGUGGAUCAGAGGAACAGCGCUCUGCUGCAGCAGGUUGUCUUGCCCAGCAUCCCUGGGGAUUACAGAGUGGAAGUGACUGGCUCUGGGUGUACCUAUGUGCAGACAACCCUGAGGUACAACAUCAUUCUGCCUUCACAGGCCUCUGGGUUUUCUCUGGCUGUGCAGACAAAGAAUGCUUCCUGUACUGGCAACUUCCUCCCCCAGUUUCACCUUGUGCUGACAGCCAGAUAUACCGGAAAGCGCAACGUCUCCAAUAUGGCCAUCAUUGACAUCAAGAUGCUGUCUGGUUUUGUUCCUGUCCAGUCAUCCCUACAACAGCUUCAAAGCAAAGUGAUGCGAACAGAAACCAAGAAUGACCACGUCCUGUUGUAUCUGGAUAAUGUAUCAUCACAGGCGAUAACUUUAACUCUCAUUGUAGAAGAAAGCUAUCCUGUAUCCAACAGCAAACCAGCUCAAGUUAAAAUCUAUGAUUAUUAUGAAACAGAUGAAUCUGCCCUGGCUGAAUACGACACGCCUUGCCCCCAGAGUUCAUCUUGAAACCAACAGACCGAAAGGAAAAUCACAAACUGUAUUUCUGCGCUGCAGUUGAUUCAGCAAGUCACCAUUCCUGUCAAUGCCCUAAGAAGACAUAAUGGAAGAAAGGCUUUUCCCACUCCUUGCUGUGAAGUUUUUCGAGUUUGAAUCAACAUCUUGGAUUUCUCAUUUAUAGAAUAAAACAUUUCAUGAAUCUUA